AUGGAAAACGGAAAUUUCCAGCCUCCCGCUUCUGGCGGAGGCGGCCACCGCAUCAAGCUCAACGUCGGCGGCAAGCUCUUCCAGACCACCGUCUCCACUCUCCAGUCCAGCGGUCCCGACUCCGUCCUUGCUGCUCUCUCCACUCGCCCCGGCCCGGAUCCGGUUUUCAUCGACCGCGAUCCCGAUAUCUUCUCCGUCUUCCUCUCCCUGCUCCGCUCCAAUCGCCUCCCCUCCACAGCCCGCCGAUUCUCCAAGCAGGAGCUCGCCGAAGAGGCCGCCUACUAUGGCAUCGAAUCGCAGCUCCGAUUGGCCAUGGCUCCUCCCCCGUUGUCCGGCAUCGACGCAUCCGUCGUUGAGACUAUUCGGCCUGCUUCCGAAGGGCUCCCUUCCGCCUUCACCACCGCCGCUGACGACGGCUCCAUCUGGAUUGCCCACGGCGGACAGGUGUCGGCCUACGAUUGGAACCUCACUCAUUCUUCCACCAUACGCACGCACCUCGACGAUAUCACCUCAAUCUGCCGCGUCUGGCCCGACGUCGCCGCUGUUGGAUCCGAGCCUUCCGCCGGGCUUCACUUCUACAACUUCUCCAGCUCCCGCCACAUCGGGUCAACACACUGGACCGACCCGUCCGAUCCGAGAAUUUACAAAGCCCGAGUCACCGCAGUCACCAGCUCACCGGAUAAUGUUUUCGCCUCUUUCGAUUGCCCGCACAGGGAGAACUGUAUACUACUAGUAGACAAAACGACGCUCCAGGUUGCGUCGGAGAUCGGAAGGCAAUCCGGUAGCCAAGCCAAGAACAUCGUCCCAGGGAAGCUGACGUGGCUGCCGACGACGGGCGUGAUAAUUGGAACGGCAGUUACCUCUGGUGCGUUCGGUUACUCCGGUUACAUCCGUAUCUGGGACCCUAGGUCUGGGGACGUGGUUUGGGAGACGAACGAGCCAGGUUCUGGACGGAGCAGCAGGUUCGGGGAUUCCUUCGCCGACGCGGCGGUCGACGUCGAGGAGUCAACUCUGUUCAAGGUCUGUUCCAAAUCCGGAGAUGUGGCUGUAGCUGAUAUCCGACAUUUGGGGGAUGAUCCAUGGGUGUAUUUGGAAGAUAAAAACCCUAGUAUGAGAUACACUGGGGAGCCUGGAGUCAGCAAUGUAUUGCAUUGCUACAAGGGUCAAGUUUUUGUAGGGAGAGAUGGGGCUUUGGAAGUUUGGUCAAGGGUUCAUGAGAAGGAAGGAAGCAGGGAAUUCGGAGAGGUGGAAGGAGGCAGAGCGAUUACAGAAGAUAUGUACAGAAGGAAUUAUGUGGAUAAAGUGGAGGAUUCAGUGAAAGGGAUCAUCAGGAAAAUUGAAGGAGGUGGGAAUCGGUUGUUUGUUAGUAGGGAAGAUGUGGAAGGAAUUGAAGUUUGGGAAAGCUCCAAUCUUUCUGAUGCAGUAGCUGUUUCCUCGUGA